AUGUCCAAUAAUCAAUUAGUGGCCAAUGAGGAUUCAGCAGUACCUUAUGUUAUAGUCAAUCCUGAUGGUACAUACACUCGUCCAAUCAUCUUCCCAACCUGUCCAGCCACACCCAAUCAACAUUCGGACAUCCCUGUGCUCAGCAAAGAUGUAACCAUCAACGCUAUCAACAAAACCGGGGCUCGAAUUCAUAUCCGGAACGAUAUAAUAACGAGCCCCAAAUGUCAAGUCAAAAAGCUCCCUGUGUUUUUUUACUAUCAUGGUGGGGGCUUUGUUGUAGGAAGUUCAUGUACAAAAUUCGUGCACGACUUUUGUGAUCAACUAGCAGCACAAUUGUCUGUUGUGGUGGUGUCAGUCGAUUUCAGACCGGCACCUGAACACCGUCUUCCAGCUGCUUAUGAAGACGGUGUUGAGGUAUUGCAUUGGGUUAAGUCAACCCAAGAUCCAUGGUUAACUAAAUUUGCUGAUUUGUUAAAUUGUUACAUAAUGGGCACCAGUGCAGGUGCAAACCUUGCUUAUCACGCAGGAUUACGUGCAUCCAUACAAGUAGAUGAUCUUGAGCCCUUGAAAAUUAAAGGGUUGAUUUUACACCAUUUGUUUAUAGGAGGGAUGGAGCGGACGGAUUCAGAAAUUCGAUUGGCUAGCGCCAAGACUUUGAAUUUAUCAACAAGCGAUUUGUUUUGGGAUUUUUGUUUGCCUGUUGGUGCAAAUCGUGACCAUGAGUAUAGCAACCUGAUUUUGGGUAACGGGCUGGAUCGAAUCAAGGAAGUGGGUUGGGGGGUGAUGAUGCCAAUUCGAUAUGGUGAUUUGAUGAGUGAUCGUCAAAUUGGGUUUGCAAAGACUAUGGAAUUGAAGGGUAUUAAGACAAAGUGUUUCUAUGGAGAAGGGGAACAUGGAGUUGAAUAUUUUGACAAAGCUAAAGCCAAAGAAUUGCUAGAUGAGAUUUCAAGUUUCAUGUCUAGCAUUUAA